GUCAUUUACUACCCCCACAAUUCAUUUUUCAAAUGCACGAUGUGCUCCCAAAAAUUCAAGCACGAGAAAUUUGCCAUAGCCCACGCCCGAGUCCACAUAGAUGCAAAAUCCCCCGUAAGGCAAUCUUACAGAUGCACCGUCUGCAACGAGAGAUUCAGGUUCGAAGGAGCUGCCAAAAACCACAUGCUAGCACACCUCGGUGUGUUCGCCCAUAACUGCACAUUUUGCAAUGAAGGCUUUGCCACUACUCGGGAACUUGUUACCCAUUCUAGGAAGCAUACAGGGGAGAAGCCUUUUGCAUGUUCGAAGUGUGAUCAGGCCUUUGCUGAUAGGGAUGAGUUGAGGGCUCAUAGUUUUAGUCAUAAACAGAAGUACCUGUAUAAGUGUGAUGUUUGCGGGAGGGAGUUUAAGACUGUGACGUGGUUUAUGCAGCAUAAAAAGACUCAUAAAGAGAAGAUGUUUAAAUGUGGGAUUUGUAACGAGGGUUUCGAUACUAAUGCUGAUUUGUUGGAGCAUGUACAGAUACACGGGGAGGUAGAUUUAUAAAUAUAUAUGAUAAAAAUUAUAAUGCUAAAAGAACAUUUGUGGGUUAUGUUAACCCAUGCAUGUUUUUAUGUAAAUAUCGGAAACUAUUG